AUGGCCGAGACGAAGUCCGGGUCCUACAUCUACAAUGGGGAUCCCUCGACGUUCUACGACUGGAAGUUCAGGACGGAACUGCGCCUGAAACUCUACGAAGACGCUAUUCGGUCGAAAGCGUCCCAAGCCAGGAGUACCCGAGGAGACUCCGAAGCAGGUCUGGAGGGAGAAGUUGACCCAGACCACAACGUCCGAGAGCCAGAGGCCGCGGACACAGCCGAUGAGGAGCAUGAAGGCCCUCAAGAAGAAGGAGGUCUGCAUCCAGGCGGAGCAGACGAGUACUUCGACAAGCUUUCCCAGCUCAGCGCGGGAAGUCGGAGGUCGAAGAAGUCGGGCAAAUCCGCGAAGCCCAUUUCGUUCGAGUACCUUGAAGGACUCCCCUCGAGCACGAAGGCAAGAACAGAAAUGGUACACCGUGUUCUCGAAGGCCUCAGAGACGAGGCCUUCGAACUCGCGAGGGACAUCGGUGUAGAUGCCCUAACUGCUCCAGGGGGACUUCGAAGCUUCAUCGAACGAAUGCGGGAGGUAGUGUUCCCCCGCGCGACAGAGGAAGCCCGAGAGUUGUUCCGGGCGGGACAGAGGCCAGGGACCCUGUCCAGGCAGGCAGGGGAAAGCAUGCUGAGUUACAUCUCCCGUAGACGGAGGUGGUGGAAUCUCCUGAAAACCCUGGAUGCCAGCAUCGAGCUCUCUGAGCCGAUGCGCGGUAAAGGUUUUACCCGCAAGGCCUUCCCUGCGAUCGACGAAGACGCAGGCGAGUUAGAGCAGGAAGAGGAGUACCCAGAAGAGGACUCUUACUUUGCCCAAGAAGCCUUUGUUGCUGAGGAGAGCUGGGAGGAAGAACCCCCUGCCGAGGAAGAAGAGUUCGAGGAAUAUGAGCUGGAUGAGGACGAGGCCAUCGCCCUCAACGCCAUGGAGCAGUUCCUCGAGGAUUCUCCCGAGGCAAAGUCGCGAUGCAUGAGAUGUGGUGGUAUCGGCCAUUGGGCUGGUGACCCUGAGUGCAAGUUCCCUGCAGGCAAGGCCGCAGGCAAGGCAGCACACGUCGCCGUAACGGUCCUAUCCAGCGAGGAAGGUCUGGUCAUUCCCUCGGAAGCGCCAGACAAGGACCACUCUGGCUUUGUCGUUCGCGCUGCCGCAAGCAAAAGCGCAGCUAGCCGAAGUGCAGCUGUAGCGUCAGCGGCGCCAAUGCCUAUUCCGAUGGAAAUGGAAGGCGGAGAUCGUAAGUUUUACCUUGGUCAGUACAAGGGGAAGACUUACAACGAGAUUGCCCGGCUUCCAGCUGUUGUUCAAUGGGCACAGGUUCAGGUGAACCCUAGUCGCCAACUCCAAGACUUUUUAGCCUGGUUCAAUCGCUACUAUGUGAUCGAGGGCGACGAGGUUGUCACCCGAGCCAGCAUAGGUAUCCCUGAAGGAACCUAUGUACCGCGUGUCAAGAACAAGGGCGGAAAGAAGGUACCGCCGAACCCACCAUUGGAGCCUUGCGUCCAAGGAUGCAAGGAUUUUACGCACGCAGGAUCUACCAUGAACUGGCUGCGCAGUACCUGUAGAGACUGCGGAAAGGUUCCGGCUGACUUCCAGCGCCGACGUCGAGAUGCGGCAAAUCGUAUGCUCAAUGCCACUGUAGACUCUUUAUCUGUGAUGCAUAACACACAGAUUGCCGGUGAGUCAAGGGACCUUGAGCACGACGAUGUGGAACUCAUCAUGGGUGUCUUCAAUGACUCUGUGACCACCAUGAUAGAGAUGGGGAUGCGCGUCGCCCCGUCUGUUUUACACAGUCGCCUUAGCGAGGCAAUCGUUGAUGCCUUAGAGCCCACUGGUGACAGUCCGGAUUCCUGGUCCCGCGUUGGCCAUGUUGGAAUCAUAGACCCAACGGACCUUACAAAGGAAGAAAGAGUUCUUUCUAGAUGGGAGAGACUGGUUAAAGGUGUUAAUUGGCAGGAUCAUUGUGUAGCCUGGGAGGAUGCUUUCCUUAUGGGUCAUGACCGAUUAGGUAUAGCCAUUCUUGAAGCACAAUGGGCUGACCCAGCACCUGCACCGUCCACAGGCAUCAACCUGAGCCUGACGUUGGACGACCUUGAGCAGGCUCGUCCUGAGUCACCGCAAGUUCCGGAUCCUGUAGGGCCGGAGCAAGGUUGGACCCGUUUAGGCCAAUUGCCCGAGAUAGACCCCGACGAGGCUAUCGAUGAUUCCCUAGCAUUUCCUGAUUACGACCCCUACGAUCCUUAUCUCGAGUGCACCCCGAACAGCAACCACGAGCUCGAGGUGGAUACCCGAGCGCAUGCCCACGCAGCCUCCACUGACAUCGUUCAUCUAGACAAUUUACCCAUGGUUGACCUCUGGAGUAGGACCCUGGCGGGCGUGCUGGACUCCCAUGAGGUAGACACCGUCGACUACCACGAGUACUUGGAAAGUGGAAUGCUCUGGGACCAAGUUCGGCCCAAAACGUUCACAACUCCACCGCCGAUAGUCAUCUUGUCCUGCGGGAUCAAGUACUACAUGAACAAGGAAGACGGCUGGUGGGGGAAAAGGGCGAGGGAUCCGAUCCAUUGGGCGGAUCGAGUACCUCAGGUGUUCCGGGAUGGUUACACGCUGAUCGUCCAGGACCUCAGGGAUCUAAGCGACCCUGCAAAUGGUGCUUGGAAUGACCACAUCGGUAGGCACCCAGAAAUCAUCAAGGGCCUGGUCAACGCCGAGGCAGGACAACGCUUGCUGCGAAAAAACCUGGUGGAUCUGUUAGACCACUACAAACGCGGCGAAAAAGUUGCGUUGGUAGCAUUUUGCACCAGCAAUCGGCACAGGUCAGUUGCCUUUGGCACGACCCUAGCGGCGUGUCUUUUGGCAAAAGGGAUCGAGGACCAUCUUCUCGUUCACCUGAACGCCAUCACUAGUUGGAAAGGCAUGGUGUGUGGAGGUGGAUGCAGCGACUGCGGUGAGUUCUCCAAGCCUGGUCUGGUGAACCUCGGAAAGCAUGCCAACUCCCUCUUGGAUGCGCUCGAGGGCUUCGACGAGGCGAAUCGUCACCAGUGUCUGGGUAAGUGGGUCUUUGCCGGUGCCAAUGCAAGGUGGACCUAUUUGGCCACCGAGCAACAAGCCAGCACCACCGCCGCCGCCGGCGGCACCAAGGCAACCGCCGUUGCCGCCGCCGUCGAAAUCUCCGACAGUUCCAUCGCCACCAUCACCGCCGGCGAUGGCUCUCACGCCAGAGGUGAAGUCGGAAGAGAGCUCAAGGGUGUCGGCAAGGUUGGACUACGCGCCAGUGGUUGGUACAGCGACGAGACGACGGAGACGACCGCUACGGCGUCUUCCAGCAAGGCAUCCACUACCAGUAAGGCUCCCGCAGUAUCUGCCACGUCUAUCGUUCCGAAGGCACCGCCUGCAGAGAUGGAGAAUGACGUGGGGUACUGGAGAGAGCGCUGCAUCCGGCAGGAAGCAGCAAAUGAACACCUCCAAGUCAGACUGGUUGCUCUUGAAACUGAGCUUCGAGAGGCAAAGAGUUCUGGCGAAAGUUGGCUUUCUCGAGCCAUCGCUGCCGAGAAGGAGUUGGAGGUGGUCAAGCGAUACGAACGGAGACCUAGAUCCCGUUCUGAGUCGUAUGACUCCAAGGACGAGUCUAGGAGCCGAUCCAGAGACGAUCGAUCAAAAGACGAUCGCAGAGGCCGAGAGAGAUCGGGAUCCAUGAGACCUGGUCGAAGUGGCCCCCGCUCUACGUCAGCAGGACCGAGCAUCAAGGAGGAGCCCGACGAGGAGGAGCGUGAGGCCAGAGAGUUGGAGACACCUGCGUCAACGCCAGGUCAUACCCCUAGGGAUGGCGAGGCGUCCGUCGAGCCUGGCGCCGGCGGAGGGUCUACGCAGACGCCGGUGGAGCCACUCCCCGUGGUAGAUGGUAUGGAAGGACCCUUGGACCACAAUAGGCCAUGGGCAGCCAACCUUAGCUUCCCCGAUCUUACAAAGGUCGCGUCCAUCCUUAGGAGGACGAAACCGGCGAGGUACAACAGUAACGGGUGGAUCGGUCCGGCCACCAAAGAGCAAGGGAUGCAAUGCACCCUGAAGCACAACAUCCGUUUCUGGGUGGCUCACAAAGACCACUCGUUUGUGCACCGGUGGGACAACGCCUUAGACGACUUCACCAAAAGCGUCUUCCUGUUCCGCGGUGCGGAGCGCACGUUUUCCAUAAUCCAGAGGGAUGUGGACAUGCGCGCGGCGCUCACCAUCGAUGCCGCAGAACUGGGGGACGGCGACAGCUUCAUCAUUUUGGCCCGAAGUCAGAAGCAGAGGGCGGCCGACCACACCGGCGGCUUCCCUCGGGUCUCGACCUAUAGAGGCGAGGCCAGGUCGGUUUCCUCGGACUCCUCUGCCUCUUCAGGGAGUUCGGGGUCGGGUGUCAGUAUUCCCACUGGAGCCAAGUACUUCACCCCAGCAUGCAACCUUGCAGUCCUGUCCAAGGAGUCCGGCAUCCGUGUCAUCGACGUCGGAUUGGACGCGAUGAAGCCGUGGGAGGCCGAAGGGAUUCGUAGGACCCUUCAAGAGGUUAGCCCCAGUUUAGUGGUUGUAGCUAUUGAGUACCAGGAACCGGGACUCAAUCAUAGUGAAGUUGUGGACGAGGUCAUAGCCCACUGUGAGUGUUCAGGGUCAGACUACCUGAUAGCUGACGUUGCCGACACUGAACGUUGGGGGUAUUUCUCUGUUCCCAUGUACCCAGACAUAGGACAUGGUGAUGUGAGCUAUGUGUCCAAUAAUUCGGAAAUAGCAGAUGCAUUUGAGGGAUGGACCGGUGAAGGCUAUCCAACCAUGGGACCCAGGAGUUUUUGGGAUUUGUUUUCUAGUGACUUUUUGGGUUGGUUGAUCAAUUAUGCCAAUGACCAUGCUGCAAUUUCACUUGUGGCAACAUCGUACCCAGUAUGGGACGAUGGCGAGAUUGAUGAUAGCGAGUUUCCAACCUUCGAUUCCGUUGAAAACGAAGAUGAUGUAGCAAGAAUGGACCCAGGAGAAGAGGCCAUUCAAGAGGACCUUGAACUAGACGAAGUUCAGGUGCCAGGUUUGCCUAGAGGCGAGGCCGAACGCCGAGCCGGCUGGAGGAAGUUACCCCAGCGCGUGAGAGUCGACCCGCAGUAUCUAGAUGGACUGCGUUUGUUGCGCUGCAAUGAGUGCGAGGAGAACGCGCCAAGACGUCCCGGUCAAGCGUCAAGCGCAAAGUGCCUCGAGGCCAUACAGAGGAGGUGGAUCACUUGGGCUGGUCACCCCAAAGCACUAAAAUGUGAUCGCGGAUUGCACAACCGCGGCGUCCUAGCAAGGUACAUGGCCGCGCACGGAGUGGAUGUUACACACGCGCCGCUCGAAACACCCGAAGCCAUAGGCCGAGUGGAGAGACACGGCGGGAUCAUCAAAGGAAUGGCCCGCAAGGUCAUCAGCCAAACUCAACCGCGGGGUUGGUUGGAAAUGCAGCAAGUACUUGAUGAGACUUGCCUGACAAAGAACAGCCUACUCAGACAGGGAGGCUACUCGCCAGCUCAAUGGGUGCUGGGUCGAGCGCCGCGUGAACUACCAUCUAUCCUUAGUGAGGAUGGGCACGCAGAUCUAGGAGCCAUUCAGGACUCUCUCGAUCCCGAGUCCGCUUUCGCGCUCCAACACAUGGUUCGUGCUGAGGCGAAGAAAGCAUUCGUCCAGCUGGACACCUCUAAACGAGUUCAGCGCGCUCUUUUGCGCAACGCGAGAGCGAUUCCUGGAGAUUACCAGGAAUCGGUUUGGUUGCUUUGCGAAAACAUUCCAGUUUUGGCGUCUGCGCAAAACCUGCGACCAGCAACGGACGCAGAGGCUUUGGCCUUUAAUAUCCUUCAUGGGAAUGCAAUUAUCCCUGAGGAAAUUGUUAAGGAUCAACAAGGGUUCGACGACUAUCGUGAACCAGCACCAACCGGGGAUCACGAUCCAGCGCCAGAUGUGACACUUGAAGAGGGCCCCAGUGAUGGACCCAUGCCAUCUAUCCUAGAGGAAGACGAGGAGCACCCGUCUCGUCGGCUUAGCAUCGCCGAGCCUGAGCAAGAGAGGACUCCAGGUGGAAGUCGGAGGCCGUCGUAUGAUGUACAGGACGAUUUGCCUGAGCAGCUGCGGCAGCACUUCCAGCACGUAAGGGAUGCGGAAGCGACGCCACCUAGAAUUGUCAGCGACCAAAACACGGCGCUGAGUGCGACUCAAGCCCGACCGCGGGCUAAGUUCAUAGCCUUUAUGGCGAAUCGCGCGGCAAACAUUUCAAAGGAAGAAGCCAAGUCCCUUCCAGGCAGCCUCAACUACUAUGACUGUUCACCCGCUGUCCAGCGCAAGAUCGAUGAAUCUAGAAAGAAGGAAUGGAUGAAGUAUGAAUCAUUCCAAGCGGCGAUUCCAGUAACCGGUAAGAUCCUAAAGGACUUAUUGGAUGAGGGACAUGUUCCAUUGCCCUCUAAGUGGGUUGACACUGUCAAAAACAUCCACGAACAGCACCUGGAAUCAUUCGAUCCAGAAUUCAAGUCCCGCAUGGUUGCUUGUGGCAACUUUGAAGGCGAGUGUGGAGUGAGGACCGAUUCGCCCACAUCGGAUAUUGAAACCCACGCCAUGGUGUGCGCAUUCGCAGCGUCAGAAGGAGUACCUGUGCAGGGCUCCGAUAUCAAAAAUGCCUACUUCCAGGCUCUCCCAAUAGAUCGCAUAGUGCUGAUGCGACAACCCCGAGGGGGACUCCCGGGCGUAGACCCGGAAGCGAUGUUGUUAGUUCGCGUUCCUGUCUAUGGACUCCAAGACAGUGGGAGAGGGUUUUGGAAGCGCGUAGACAAAGACGCAAAAGACGUAGGUCUUAAUGCGUCGCGCAUUUUUCCCGCGUUUUACUACCACACCACGGGUAGUAAAGUAGAUCUCUUACUUACCACUCAUGUCGACGAUUUUCUUUGGGCAUCAACCCCCACUGGUGAUGAAAUCAUGAAUCGACUCUUAGAAAGGUUCGAAAUCGGCAGAAAGGAGAUCAAGAGACUCCGAUUUUGCGGGAAGCAAUUUGACCAAUCCGGCAAGGACAUAGUUAUCGACGUUAGCGAUAACACACGCCGUACUACGUAUAUCGACAUAGCGAAGGGCCGACAAUCUUCGGACCCGAUCACGCAAGGUGAAGAACGUCAACUGCGUAGCGUAGUGGGUAGUCUGAGCUGGAUAGCCAGACAAGGCAGGCCGGAUAUCCUGUACAAAGUUUCGUAUUUGCAGUCCAAGGUUAAGGGAGCCACCGUAGCUAUCCUUAAGGAGGCUAACAAAUGUCUUGAAAUUGCUCUUGCAGGAAAAGAUUUCUGCAUCCGGUACAAAAAUGGUCCUUUCGACUUUAUGGAUCUGGGAGUUUUAACCGCCUCAGAUGCCAGUUUUGCCGGGGAGCCAGGUUUACGAUCCCAGCAGGGACGUAUUCACUUCCUAGUUCCAAGGAAGCAAUUGACCACGCCAGGCAAUUGCGUAUUCGAUGUUGCCUUGAUCAGCUUUGGAUCAACGACAAUCAAGAGAGUAUGCAGAGCAACUCUCCAAGCCGAGACGUACGCGCUACAGAGUGCGCAAGAGUCAGGUGACCGAAUUCGAGCUCUGUUGGCCGAAUUGUAUGGACAAGGCAGUCCAGGAGCUGAUUGGUACGACCGAUCCAGAAGGACGGUUCCGCACAUGAUGCUCACAGACUGUCGUAGUCUGUCUGAGCACCUCAACGUGGAGGUCCCUUCACGUGUCCAAGACAAACGUCUCCAAAUAGAACUGAACGCGUUGCGUCAGGCGUUGUUCGAAGACGAUGGCACCCGCAGUACCGAGGUCUUUCCCGGUGCAGGUGACCAAGUUGUGUGGACCUCUACGGCCACCAUGAUCGCUGAUUGCUUGACGAAGAGUAUGCGCCCCGACUUCCUCAUCAAGGUAUUGACAGCCUGUCAGUAUCAAAUCGAGAGGCAGUCGGAGAAGCAACUAGGAUGA